AUGACGGCCAUGAUUCGGAGCCUCAAAUAUUUAAUGCGAUGUCAAACACGAGGUGGAUCUCUCAAAGAAAGCGCAGAACAAGUCUAUCACGAAACCCAUCCGGUACGAGAAUUCUAUGUACGCAUCAUGAAAAACUAUCCAACACUUGUUAUAGAGCCACGGGAGUCCCCUUUACUGACACCAACUCUACGGUUCGGUAAACGCGCUCGCUUCUUCACAUCGCUGGAAAAUGUAUCAGCUGAUGACCCUGAAGAACGGAAAAGAGAAGCAUCCGAGCGUUCGAUAGCCCGUCACUUCCGCCGUAAAGGCACAGAUCCGCCGCCGCGUACCCAUUAUGAAAUCUGGACUGAUGGCUCCGUAUUUCUCGGAAUAAAAUCUGGAGCAGCAGCAAUGAUAUACAAAGAUGGUGAACUGCUCUGUACCACACAUAGAGGCGCUGGCCCCCUAGCCUGCAGCUACACAGCUGAAUCCGUAGCGCUAUACGAAGGUUUACAGAGACUCCUCAAAAUAAUUCUUGCAAAUAACCAAACGCCAUGCAGGGUCUCCAUUUUCACGGACUCACUGUCUCUUCUCGCAGCGCUGGAAACAGGCCCACUGACCGUAAAAGACCCAUUACUACGACUCCUGUGGAACCUAAUACUUCAAGUGCAACGUCGCAAGGCCCGCAUACGACUACAAUUCAUAUUUGGUCACUGCGUGGUGGUGAAAAAUGAAAAAAGCGACACAGAAGCCAAAAAGGCUGCAGAACUACCACAAAGAACUGAUACUUGGAUCACAGAUAUAAUGGCCUACGCCAAAUGA